CGUCUGUAAAAUGAGUUGCUGAAAGAAAUUACAAACUACACUCUAGUAUUUUUGCCAAGAAAACUCCAGAUGAGUUCUUAAAGUGUCAGACGCGACAAGAACAACGAAAGGGUGGGUUUGUAGGGAAAAGUAAUGACUGCAAACCUCUCACUCUUGACUUCUCUUUUACUUAAAGUCCCAUUCCACCCUGGAAUGGUGGAAAAUAUAAAAAUGAAAUUCAUUUAUUUUUAUUUAAUUUUUAAUUUAUGGAAUGAAACAAACAAUUCCAUAACAGUGUAAUAAAAAAAGACGAUUGCCCAUGAAGCUGCACAUCUGUUAUGUACAACUUGAUAUUCCUUUUUAAGUGCUAGAUAUGGCCACCGUUAUGAUGGUAUAAUUACAAAGGACAUAUGAAGAAAAAUGCUAUCUGUAUCCUCUAGAUUUAUUGGGUUCAUGUCCCACUACCCCACCCUCUUUCAGAGAAUAUGGGUCUUAAACCUCAUCUGACUCCUUCCAGAUCAAACAUAUAGGAACUGUGGAUUUUCCAGUAGAACUUUUCCAGAUACGUAUAGACAGUGAAGGAAAGAAGGAAAAAAACAAGCUCAUUAAAUCCAACUACGAAAUACAGGCAACAUGUUCUAUACACAUUUGCUUAUGAGCAAGCGAGGGCCAUUGGCCAAAAUAUGGCUUGCAGCUCACUGGGAGAAGAAGCUCACAAAAACUCAUAUAUUUGAAUGUAAUUUAGAGGCAACUAUUGAAAAAAUCCUGUCACCUAAGGUAAAAAUUGCACUGCGGACUUCAGGACAUUUGCUAUUAGGAGUGGUUCGAAUCUAUCACAGGAAGGCAAAAUAUCUUUUGGCAGACUGUAAUGAAGCUUUCGUUAAAAUGAAGAUGACCUUUCGCCCAGGACUAGUUGAUCUUCCAGAAGAGAAUUUUGAAGCUGCUUAUAAUUCUAUCACAUUACCAGAAGAAUUUCAUGACUUUGAUAACCAGUUACUCAAUGUGAAUGCUAUUGAUGUUUCUGAGCACUUCACUCUGCACCAGAGCAAAGCUGAAGACAUUACACUUAGAGAAGAUUUCAGUAAUGAUCUGCUUUUUCAAGCUGGAAAUUUUGGUGACGAACCUGAACUACUUAGGAGACAAAGCUUCUUUGAUGAGAACUUAUUGACACGUGACAGUACAGUUUUGGCUGGACGCAGUUUUGCAAGUCUCUUUGAAGAAAAAUCUAUAUUAUUUAACACUGAAGAUGGAUUUGGGGAUGAAGGAGUUGCAGGGGAUAUGAUUGAUAAUCUGUUACAAGAUGACCACAAUAUCCUGUUGGAAGAUUUUGAUUUGGAAAAAGAAAUUUCUCUGCCUCCUGAGCCUCUUGAAUCAUCUGAGUCAAUAGUUGGAGAAACAAACAAUUUUGAGUCUGUAUAUCCACCUGACAGUCAGCAAAUGAAUGGAACUGUGCCAAAGACAAAUGAAGAAGAGGAAUUUACCCUUGAUCCAAUUGAUCCUAGAGAUAUUGUACAGGGAAGGAAAAGCAAACGUAAGAAGAAGCUGCUUAUUGAUCCAGUGAAGGAAAUCAGCAGCAAGACUAUGCACAAACAGCUUAGUAAUUUUAUGGAUACACUGACUGUGUUGGAACUAGCACCACCUACCAGACGUUUGAUGAUGUGGAAGGAAACAGGAGGAGUAGAUACCCUUUUGUCAAGUGCUACCCAGUUUCUGAUCAAUCCUGAGCUUAAAAUGUUGUUCAGAAAAUGCUUUCAGUCAACUGGCUUUAAACAUAAAAGAAAAAUGUUACAGAUGGGAUCUGAAAAGGAAAAUGCAAGAAACAAUGACCUAGGAAUUUCUGUGAUAGAAGAGCCAUGUAACCUGGAUGAGUUAAUUUAUACAAAAAUGAAAAAAGAUGUAAUGGAAGAUCUCCCAUUGAUUCAGUCUGAGAGUGGCAGGCAUGAAAACAUCAAUGAAAAUGCUGACACUGCACAGGAAGCAACCGAAAUUUUUUCUUCUGGUACUGAGAAAUCUUUGUCAAUGAAUGACAUAUCGGAAAAGGAUAUCGAAAAUUGCCAAAUUGAUUUGGAAAAUGAGAAGAGUUUGGAGAAUGACCAAAUUAUCGAGGAAAAAAUAUGGAAUCAAAGAACACUUCAGAUGUUAAAUUAUUUACAGCAUUCCAACAAAAUGGGAAUUGAUUCCUUUAGCCUGAUGAAACUCUGUCGAAACGAUGACCAAAAGCAAGUUGCUGCCAAGUUUUAUAGCUUCCUUGUCCUUAAGAAGCAACAAGUCAUUGAGCUUAGUCAAAGUGCCCCCUAUGCAGACAUUAUAGCUACAGUGGGACCAAUGUUCCAUCAAAUAUGAGCAUCGGUGAGAAAUCUCAAAGUCUGUGGGAUUUCAUUUGCAGAAGAAUUUCUAACUAGAUCUUUCAGUUCUUUGUAGAGUUACCUAUGGAACUAGCUAAAAGUCUAUCCUAUGGGUGAUAGAAAGUCUUCCCAUUUUCUAUCUUUAAUGCCAUAAUGAGAGAUAAAAACUGGAAAGUACGUGUAUUGGUAGAUGACUAAUUAUAAUGGUACAGAGUUAUUUUUUAAUCAUUUGAUUUAAAAUAUUUUAUCUAAGCCUGUUCAUUUAGCUGAACAUUACAUUGAACUUUAAAUAGAUUUGCAAUGGACAAUCAAUUUUGUUUUUAUCUUUUAAAAGUGUGUAAGUGUGUUUAGAAAUUAUUUCAGAAUGAAACAGAAAUGCUUCUCUUGUAACUGGAAUAUUUUGCAUUGAAUUAUUUAGAUUUUAUUGAGUUAAUUAGCACUUAACUAUUUCCUCUUAUUUUACAAUGGCGAAUGUAAUUUAUAUUUUACUUGCUAUAAAUGUACAUGUUUGAUUUGCCCUAAGUGCCUUAUUUUAUAGUCCUUGACAUUCAUCCUCAGUGAAUCAAAUCACCUGUGUCUUUUUAGUCUACUUGCAAGUCAUUAAUGUUCCCUGUCUGUUAUUUGACACUCUUUUAUAUUUUUAUAAAUAUUGUUUAUUUGAAAAUGUCAGCAAAGUAAAUACUGUUUCUCAUGGUAAAACACAGAAACAUAUUCACUAUGGCAUCUAUGGUACAGGUCGUUGAAAUAAACAUCCUUCUCUUACUGUUUGCAAAUUAGCAUAUGUUAAAUAUCUAAAGUAAAUAGCCAUCAUUAUUCUUAUUUCAAAAUGAGAUUUAGAAAUGUCUCCCUUUAUACUUUUAGGAAUCCAUAGGACACUUUUCCCAUGCUCAUAACACUUAUUAAAAUAUAGCAAAAAUCUAAGACAGCAUUUAAAUGUAUUUCCCUGUAAGAGUUGGAUGGUUUAAGAAUUACAUUAGAACUGGAAGGCACUCUAGAACACAAAAUAUCCAAGCUACAGAAGAUGUUAGAGGUUAUUUAUGUAGCUCUGGCUUGACAACACUACCACAUUCCCUACCCAAAGAUCAGAGUUAAGGGCAAACUUCGGGGAUUUAGAUAAAUAUUUCUCCCAUUUUUAGUUCAAUCUCCCUACUUAAAAAAAAAAAAAAAAAAAAAAAACAGAAAUUGAAGCCCUAGAAAGUUAACACUUUUCCUUACCCAUAAAGCAUAAGUAUAAAUAUCUCCCUCUCAGGCUUUGAACCAAAGAAGAAGCAAGUAGAAAUGGUUAAAAAAAAAAAAGGAAAGCCCUCUCUGAUGUAGAUCCAUUUAUUUAUUGAGUCUUCAUGAAAUUUUUCAUGUGUGGCCCAAAUAAUAAAUAUAUAUAUAUAUAUAUCACCUCAUGAUUAUAUUUUGAUUUCAGUAUUAUAUUAUGAAUUAAUUCUUUCUCUAUUAAUAAACUUUAAUGCUGAAAUAUGGA